AUGAAUAAUACUACCGACACGGAAGACUUUGUCAUGGAGCACACCACUUCGGAAAUAAUUGAGAUCUGCUAUCAGUUAAGCUUCUUGUUCAUCGGCACCCCAAUAAACAUCUACGCGUUGUUCCGAACCAGCAGGAACGUCCGCGAAGGAGGUGUCGAGUCGCGAUUAGUCCGACUCAGUCGCCAGUUACUCAUCGCUCAUCUCUUGGUGUUGCUUGUCUAUGGAAUUUGGAGAACCUAUUGGCUUUAUAACAUUGUUUGGCUUCAAGGCGACUUUCUUUGCAAGGUUUACAGUUUUCUUUGCGCGUUGCCAUUUCAUUUGUGGUCAAACAUGGUGGCUGCAAUUACUGUUGACAUGCUAUGCUGCAUCACGUCGCCUUUGAGCAGUUAUCGUACUGGUGCUAAUCGGGUUUCCUGGCUGAUUGCCUUGUCAUGGAUCUUCGCCAUUAUUUGCUCGAUUCCAAUGGCAAUACUUCGCGGAACGGUUCGCAUCUCGUCGACCGAGCCUUAUGAGCAAUGCUAUGCUCAUUUAGAGGCAUUCGGAGAGGAUGCAAUUAUAGCGUUCCAUAUGUUUCAUGUGCUCACGACCUUCUACAUUCCGCUCCUAAUUGUUAUAAUUUGCUACUUGUUAAUCGGAUUGUCGAUCAAAAAGCAAAUGGCUGAAAGGCGGCUAUUACAUGAUGGUGGACAAGCCAAGAAAAACUCGAACACCAAAGCGAGAUUUCUUCGAACCACCAUUGCAAUUAUUUGCACGUUCUUUUUCACAUGGCUUCCUUAUCAGGUGCUUGCAUUACUUCGUGUUGUUUGCGAUAAUGAUAAACAAUGUGAGCACGUCCUCGGAAAACUCAACUGGCUGCAAGCAAUUAUAAUAGCGAGCACCUGUAUUAAUCCAUUCCUUUACCGAUUCGGUGUGGAGCCAAAGCGCGCGUCUUAUUACUGCAGUACGGUAGAUACUGGUAAGGAGGAAGCCGGUCAGUUCGCCGGUCGACAGCGCGCAAAUGCCGGAACACGGACACUUUAUGCAAUGAUGCCAAACGAUGGUACGGCUCGUGUAAGCGAGACAAUAGCCGAAAUGCAGCCAAAACGCGGCAGCAGUCCACGAGUUCGCCGACUUCUGCAAUUUCGUCCAACAAUGUCUGAAGCCCAAAAAGGACGCACUUUCGAAACGAUUCUUGAAGCCGCUGAGUGGCCAACACCCCUAGUGCCACUAAAGAAAAUCAAGGCCGAGCAUCAGCUUCAUUGUGACAUUUAUGUGAAACUCGAGUAUCUCAAUGUGGCCGGCUCGCUUUCUGAUCGUGCAGCCAUCAAAGCCUUCGAAAUGGCUUAUGAGAUGGGUCUUGCACCCGGAGAUGAGGUGGUUUUGACAUCGGGUGGGUCCACGGCUGUUUCUUACGCAACAGUUGCCGCGGUCAAAGGAAAUAAUUUGACUGUCUACACACCAAAAAAAGGGACCGAGCUUGUACAAACGAUUCUGGAUUCGCUUGGAGCCAAGACUAUUCAUCUCGAUGUGGAGAGCUUCAGCGAGGCGAGAGCAUUGACUGACGAAGCGGCUCAACAAUCUGGAGCUUUCAAUCUGAAUAAGUAUGCCACCAAUGCCACCUUCGUUGCAAAUAUGUCAAAAACCGCGUGCGAAAUUGAAAACGCUGUUGGCAAGAAGCUGAUCAGAAAAGUGAACGCCGUCGUGCUACCAAUGAAUACCGGUGUUGCUGCUGCCGGAAUUUCUGCUUUCUACAAGGGAAUCGGAGAGCACGGCGUAAGAGUUGUAGGUGUCACCUGCAAGGAAAACAAGAUUCCCGAGAUGGGAUCCGAUCUCAAGGAAGGAUUACUCAAGGAAUAUGGAAUUGAGCAACGUGAGGUCGACGAAGAGGAAACCUAUCGUUUCACAAGACACUUGAUUUCCUCUGAAGGCGUUAUGGCUGGACCAUCUUCUGGUGCAGCAGUACUUGCUGCUCUCAAACUCGCCAAGGAAUUGCCGGCUGGUUCCACUAUCAUUGUCAUUCUCAUGGAUGGAAUUCGCAAUUAUUUGCGUCAUUUCCUUGAUGAUGAUUGGGUUCGCGACAACAAAUUGAACGUCGAUCCGCGCAAGGAAGGACCUCAGCCAAACAGCACUUUUGAUCCAAAGGUUUUGGAAUAUGAUCCAACAAAGCUAUCGGGUGAAUGGAGCAAAGAUGAGAAUGGAAAAUGGACCCAUUCGGCUAUUGAAUUCAACAAAUUCAAUCCCGAGAGACAACUUGUCUUUGACACCGUUCUUGAUGGAAUCGGCAAAACGCCAUUGGUGAAAUUACAGCGAAUCCCAAAAAAGCAUGGUGUCAAAUGUAAUGUCUAUGUCAAAUGCGAGUAUCUGAAUUCCGGCGGAUCAACCAAGGACAGAAUUGCUCAACGAAUGAUUGAAAUUGCUGAGAAGACUGGAAAGCCGGGAAAGCUUGUGCCAGGAGUCACUUUGAUUGAACCAACAAGUGGAAACACUGGAAUUGGCCUCUCGUUGGCCGCUGCUGUCAAGGGAUACAAAUGCAUCAUCGUCAUGCCAAAGAAAAUGUCAAAGGAAAAAGCGCUUGCCAUGGAAUCACUUGGAUCAACGAUCAUCCGCACUCCGAACGAAGCGGGAUUUGACAGCCCACACUCGCACAUUGGAGUUUCUCUUCGCUUGCGCAGCGAGAUUCCCGACAGCGUGAUUUUGGAUCAAUACUGCAAUCCUGGAAAUCCUUUGGCCCAUUACGAGCAAACCGCCGAAGAAAUUCUUUACGAUAUGGGCGAUAAGAACAUCGACUUGGUUGUUUUGACGGCUGGAACUGGAGGAACCGUUACUGGAAUCUCACGCAAAAUCCACGAUAGGCUUCCAAAUGCCAAGGUUGUUGGAGUUGAUCCCCACGGUAGUGUGCUUGCUGGACCACAUCAAUCGGAAAUUGACUUCUAUGAGGUUGAGGGAAUCGGAUACGAUUUCUUGCCUGGAACUCUCGAUACGAGUGUGGUUGAUUACUGGAUGAAGUCUCACGACAAGGAAUCAUUCUUGAUGGCUCGCGAACUUAUUCAAACCGAAGGCAUUCUUUGCGGUGGAUCAGCUGGUUGCGCUGUUCACUAUGCAUUGGAGGAGGCCAAGAAGCUUAAUCUUCCGGAAACCGCCAACGUUGUUGUUCUUCUUCCGGACGGAAUCAGGAAUUACCUGUCCAGGUUCCUUGACAACAACUGGAUGAAUGAACGUCAUUUUUUCGAUUAA